CUCCGACCCGUUGUAUUCUCCACCCACCAUCUCAAAUGAGCGCAGUUUACUGCCUAUAUAAAGACAGAGAUUAUCAGACUAAAACACCUGAAAACCACUGGACAGACACACACCUGAUACUCAACGCAGAACGCAACAUUAUUUGGAAAAGGAUCAAGAAAUGUCUGGAAAAAAAUGGGUUCUCCUUGUCGCCGGCUCAAAGGGCUGGAAAAAUUACAAACAUCAGGCCAAUGUGUGCUGUCACUAUCAGUUGAUUAAGAGACAAGAAAUUCCUGAUGAUCAGAUUGUGACGAUGAUGUAUGAUGACAUCGCUGAUAAUCACAAUAACCACCACAAGCAACAGAUUCUCAGUGUACUAGGUAAUGAAAACGUGUAUAAAGGAGUUCUGAAGGAUUACACUGGAAAGGAUGUGACCCCACAGAACUUCCUGAAUGUUCUUCAAGGGAAUGAGUGCACUAAUAAGAAAGUCAUAGACAGUUGUAAAGAUGACAACAUCUACAUCUACAUGACCGGUCUAGGGACGGAAAGCACGUUUGAAUUUCCUGAGGAGUCUCUUCAUGCCAGUGAAUUCAUUGAAGCAAUUCAGAACAUGACUGCCCACAAUAAAUUCUCCAAGAUGAUCAUAUUCGUGGACAGCAGUUAUUCUGCAAACUUGUUCAAAAACCAAUUGACUGACAAUGAGAAAGUCUUUGUGUUGACUUCAUGUUCUCGAGGUACUGAGAUCACUCCCACUGAUUAUAACAAGAAGAUAGACGUCUUCCUCUCUGAUAAAUUCUCAUCUACUUGGUUGCACUUCCUUGAUCAGGCUGACUAUGAAACACAAACAUUCGAUGAUCUGUCGAAGGACAAACAAUCUAAGCACAUAAAGGAGAAUCCUGAUGCCUGUCCCUGCUUUUUUGGGAAACUGGACGCGACGAAGCAUUUCCUUAAUGAGUUUCUGCAGAAGUAAACAGCUAAACUGCUCGACCUGUUUUUGAAGAAAACAACGGAAGAAAAUGUAAUCUGAAGAGCUCUUGUGUUUGUUUCUCUAGAUUUAUGAUUAGAAUUAAACUGAUUGAAGCAUAACACACGUUAUCAUUCAAAUAAAUCAUUAAACAAAAAUUUCUGGU